AUGAAUUCUUGGAUUCUUGGUAGUGCAGUUAAUGCUUCUCUUAAUAUUGUCUCUAAUUCAACAUCUGUUCUAUUCCAAUAUCCAUGUAACUCAACUUCUAACUGUACUUGGUAUGAAACAAGCCUUCCCGGAGGCUACUACAAAGUCGAAGUUUGGGGAGCACAAGGUGGGGAAAGUUAUUGUAUGGGGCGUUUUAAGCAAGCACAGGGAAAAGGCGGCUAUUCCGUCGGCGUUCUUUUCUUGACAGAGGAGACAAAAGUUUACGUUUAUAUUGGAGGUCAAGGUGAAAGUGGAAUGAAACCAUCGACACGAGACGCAAAAGGCGGUUUCAAUGGCGGGGGAGAUAGCCAGAAAGAUGACGAUAAUGAUGAUCAAGGAGGUGCUGGAGGAGGUGCAACAGAUAUCAGGAUAAAUGGAAAUCAGUUAGAAAACAGAGUGAUUGUUGCAGGUGAUGGUGGGGAAAACGGUUGGGACAGCGGCUAUUAUGGUUAUUGGGCAACUAGUUAUGGCGGAGGAAUUGAAGGAGGCAGGCCAAGACAAUAUCAACAUUAUGGUACUGCUGCAUCACAAACUGAUGGAUAUUCACUUGGAUUUGGCGAAAAAGGCCAGUUUUUUGGUGGAGCUAGUUCCGGCGGUGGUGGUGGAGGGUAUUAUGGAGCCAAUACCAUUUGGGUACAGUAUGGUGGCGGUUCUGGUGGUGGUGGGUCAGGUUAUAUCGGUAAAGUUAUUUCAUUCAGUGGGAUUGAGAAGAAAACAAUUCCAGGAAAUGAAACAAUUCCAACACCAACUGGAGAUCCACCAACUUCCUAUGGUUGGUCUGACAAUGGAGCCGCACGUAUAACAGUUAUUGGAUACUUUCUGACCUUAACUGACAAAAUUGAAGAUUGCUAUUCCAUUUAUGACACAAUUCACCUCCACUUCCGCGUCAACACCCUUGGAUCAGGCGAAGAAUGUACAGUAACUAGGGUUCUGGAUGGGCAAACAAAAGUAAUAACACACACUGAUGAAGGUACUCCAUUUACUAUUGUCGAUGAUAUAACUCCAUCUAAAAAGCUAGGUAAUUAUACAAUAGAAUACACAGUUACAUCGAAAAGUGGAGAUGUGACGACUAAGAGUAUUCCAAUUGCUAUCAAUUACAAACCCAGAAUGACUGUCAAUGUAGAGUUCAAGAUGCAAUACGCAAAACUUCUGAUGAAUCUUCCUAAACUUUAA